UCUACGGAUACACAUUCUCUCGGCUCAUCACCAGCGACUUCCCCACCAGCAGUUACCUCUCCGUCCUCGCGUACGAAUACAAAUACAAAUCUAAGUCUCAAUCCAAAUCCUAAUCACCCCGCUCUGCCUCCACUCAUCACAUCGCCGCCCGCGGCCCCUCGUCGCACGAACCUUUCACGCCCAAUGUCGCACGCCUCGAAGAAUCGCCUGUCGCAGUACUCGACAGGCUCAAUCCCCUCGCGAUCGCGACCCGCUUCCUACCUUUUCCCGAUCUUCCACUCCAGCCUAACCUACACCGUGGUGAGGGACUUCGCAUAUCCGCCGGUGCAUCCUAUGCACUAUGGGCCGCCACCGGAAGGCUCGAGACCACCAUCGGGUAUGAGUACACCUAUGAGCGAAUCACGCCGACUGUCAGACCCACCGGUAUCCUGGGAGAGCAAGCUGGGCUGGGAAUGGACAUCAGACGGUGGCCUGGGCAAAGGCGGGGACCUGGCGGCCAUCCAUCUUGGUGAUGGGCCCCCGUGGAGUGAGGAUGAGGACCUGGCCAGCCCGGUAGUUAGUUCACGCCACAAAAAGCACAAAUCGUCUUCCGCAGCCCUGCCGCACCGCAGAGAGCGCUCAUCACACGAGCAAGGGCGGGCCUCUACAACGAACCCCGAAAACUUCGACAGUGACAGACGCUUUUAUGCCGGAACAAGUGGAGAUGCACCGCAGCGGUACUACGUAAGUCAAGGGGGGGAGGCAAAUGGACCCGGCGGCGAAUACGUCACCUAUGCACCUGGUCAGGCACGACACUCUACCCACGGGUCUUUCCAAGAACAAAGGCCGCGGCAAUAUGCUGAGCACGAUGCCGGGUAUCGAUCGGAAUCGGAAGCUUCAAGCGCUGCCUCGUCGCCAGGAUUCAAUGCCUACGAUGAGUCUCGGUAUUCGAGGGAUUACCAGUUCACCAUAACCUCACCUGAUGAGGAAAUGCACGGGAAAGCUGUUGCACUUUUCGACUUCGCUAGGGAGAAUGAGAACGAAUUGCCCUUGGUCGAGGGUCAAAUCAUAUGGGUAUCCUACAGACAUGGACAAGGCUGGCUGGUCGCACAAGACCCGAAGACACAAGAGAGCGGCCUGGUACCGGAAGAGUAUGUGCGUCUUUUACGGGACAUUGAAGGCGGCAUGAACAGUUUGACAGGGCAACCUGAAGGCCCAGGAUCUCCGAACGAGGCGGGUACUCCGACCCAGGCUGAGCAUGGCCCUCAGUACGGGCAUACCCCUACUGAUAGUACCUCUAGUAGUAAUGGCUACCAUCAGCCUGUAGUCUCAACUUUCUCUACUUCGAGCAAAGAUCUGAACCCAUACCCGCAACACCUCCUGGGCUCCAAGGACGGACAGGGCCCUCCCCAGGUUGUCCACUACCAUGGUCAGCGUGGUGGGAGUCAGGCCAACACCCCGACGGUGCAAUCAUCCUUUGAGACCGGAUUAGGACGCAGAGGCAGCCAAGAUGUUCAUAAGAGAAGCGACUCGACCUCAGGCAAACCGCAACCACUUGAAACAUUGCUAGAUAAGAAGCUGCAGUCGCCGGUCAAAGAGUCGGACUCGGAGGAUGAAGAUGAUGACAAAUGUGGAACUGCGUCGAAGCGGUGACAAUAACGUGCCAGGGUACUGCCAAUGAUGUUGACCAUCCGCAUGAGCAGCGAAAAAUCGCGAGCAGCUACCGGGAGCGAAUGCGUACAAUCUGUCGAUCCGCAAUUCUGUUUCACAAGACGCCGCCGCAUGUUGUAAUUCAGUCUGGAGGUGCCCAACUGCCGGCUUGACCGACUCAGAGCCUGAUGAGGCGCGACCCGAACACGCAUGGUCGAAUUUCAGCUGCACUCUGUAUAUAUUGGCUUUGCGGUUUGCCUUGGAGGGCGUAUGUUGAUGAUACCAAAUGGAGGGGGAGUUGUAAGAUUCUGUGAUCUUUUGAAUCAAAUGAGCAUAGCGAGACGGGGUAUGACGAUGAACGUGGCAUGUGUCGAAAUUCCAAGUCGCGGAAGACCAUUGCUUACGAGUCAAAAUGAAUCUAACGUCGCAUAAAGAGAAAUCAAAAUAAUCUAUUCACCUUGA